AUGCUUGCUCUACACUCUAACUCUGGCCAGCCCGAGCCGUACCAUCCUCCGAUGGCAACCAUCUCCUACAUCAAAAACCGCUAUCCAAGUCCUCCAGACCGACACGGGAACAACUUUGGAAUCGUUCUAUCCGAGGGCAAGGCAAAUGACUCUGCGCUGGAUCGGCCUAUCCCGGUAAUUGUAUUGUCGCCUCCACUCAGUCAACCUUUAUCGCGCUCCUCCACAGCAACAGACAUCCUAGCAGCCCUCUCUUUCCAUGCUGAACCCAGUAAUGCGAACGAGGACAGGCCGGGGCUCAUCAGUGGAUUGACGAGUGGCGACGGGCAAAAGGCCGUAAUCCUGAACCAGUUCCAGGUGGACCGUAUGCUCAAGGAGUUCGUGGAUCACAACGACUGCGAACUUCUGAGAAGCCCAACGGAGCUUUAUUGGCUACCUAACCGGGGAAUAGAUAAGAAUCUCCGGCUAGUCGAUGCCGCCGAGUUGCUCCGGAGGCUGGAGGUCCUCCGGGACUAUCGUCUCCCAUGGGCCAAGUCGCUCGUGGAUUGUGACGAGAGUGUCCACGUGAGUAUCGACACUCCGACGAGCGGGUGCCCGAAGCCAUGGUCGGACAUCAGGCGCAUGGCGUUUGCGGGCCUCCUUGAACAAUACCGGCCAGAGGACAUGGACGGGCUCCUGGGCGGGAUCAAACGCCAUCUAUAUCGGGGGCAGCCUUCUAAGCUGCAGUUUCAACCCGUAUAUAAGGACGCCGAACCUGUGCACGACCAGGUGGAGGUGGAGAGGGCGAGAGCCGCCCGUCCGCAGAAGCAUCCCGCCAGCGACGACGCUGGCAAAACAAUAAUCAAGAUCCCGGCGCGCGCCGUCGCCAUUUUCAACAAGAAGCAGCCCGCGUCGGAGGAGGAGGAUGCCCCGGGCGCUCCCCUCCCUGCCCGUACCACGAAGCGCAAGGCCGCUCAAGCCUUGCAGGACGAUGACUCGGUCGCCAGCCCGCCUUCAAAAAAGGCCAGGGCGACCGCUGUCGAAUCCAGCGGCGGCACAAAGCGCAACAAGACCCGCGACGGGACGACCGCCCGAGCCAUCAGCGCCAGCGAGCGCUAUGGCAUCGCCAUCAAGAAGUUCUUCGCGGCCCGCUCCCCGGCCAAAGACGACUUCGCGCACUUCAAGGGCGCCAUCAUGCCCGCGGGCGGCCCCGACGCCAACCUCCCUCCCCUCGACGGGCUCCCAGAUUUUCAGGAUUUGCUCGACAAACGGGGUCCCCUGGACGAAACCACGGACCUGCACGAGUCCGAAAUCCGCCUGUGCCAGCUCCUCGACAUGCCCGCCGCGCAGUAUAAAUGCCAAAAGGCACGCUCGUUCGUCGGCCUCGCCAUGUGGAUCGAGUACAACGAGCAGCGGCGCCAGAGCGAGCAGCCCGCCCCGCCGGCGAGGAUGCAGGCGUUCAACAAGACGCAGUUGCAGCAGUGUUGCAAUGUGGACGUCAACAAGGCGUCCAGGCUGUGGGUCGCCUUCAAGGCGUGGGGGUGGCUUGGGGGCGCGGAGGAGAUGGUCAAGGCCGUGCCCAAGGGCUUGGACGAGAUGUUCCCCAGGGACUACCGCCUCGGCUGGGUGCGGGAGAUGCAGAAGUUUGAGAGGGAGAAGGUGCCCCGGGGGGAAUGGAGUAAGUGUGUGGACUGGGAUUUGGGAGUUUGA